AUGCUGCAUCUUCUUACAUUCUCGUCCUUGAUCGGCGCCACCGUCGCUUCGUACGGUGCAAACCUCAACUACCGCUCACCCUCAGUCAACCACCCUGGGCUAGGCAUAUCAGUUCGCAAGGUAGUCAAACGCCAUGAUCCCCGAUCUACCACUGCAGCGGACUCGCUCAACUUUACCCACGGCGUGGCAUCCGGCGACCCAUACCCCAACAGCGUGAUUCUGUGGACGAGGUGCUCUCCGACGUUUGACGAUGUCAAGAGCAACAGCAGCACCUCGGGCUACGUUCCGCUGUACAACCCCGUGCCCAUCUACAAUGACACGGACGAGGGCAAACCCGUCUCGACAUCCCCGGUCUGCCUGGACUGGAAGAUCGCCUCGGACAAGGAGCUCUCGUCGGUGGUGGACUCCGGGACCGUCUACACCAGCUCCGACGUCGACUACACGGUCAAGGUCGAAGCGACCCAGCUCAAACCGUUUACUCAGUACUGGUACCAAUUCACCAUCUGCAACACCAACCAGUCGUCUCCGGUCGGCCGUACCAAGACGACGCCGUUGCCCACCGACGACGUUCAGGGGGUCAAUCUGGCAGUGUAUUCGUGCAGUAAUUUCCCCUUUGGGUUUUUCAACGCCUACGGCAACCCGGUCCGCAAGGAAUCGGUCGACUACGUGAUUCACUUGGGAGACUACAUCUACGAGUACAAGAACGGUGACUACGGCUGGGGUCAGAGUAUCGGACGUGUGCCGUUGCCGGACAGGGAGAUUUAUACUCUCUACGACUACCGUAAACGACAUGCCACUUAUCGAACCGACCUUGACCUACUUGCUAGUCAUCAGAAUUUCCCUUGGAUUCCAGUGUGGGACGAUCACGAAGUGGCAGACAACACAUACCGAGACGGCUCAUCGGAACUCAACAACACCGAAGCGUCCUUCGUCGAGGACGGCGGUGUAUCAGUUGACCAACGCAAGAUGAAUGCCGUGCGAGCGUAUUUUGAAUGGUUACCAAUUCGACAAGUCGACAUGGGUGAUGAUCUCCGAAUCUGGCGGUCCUUCUCGAUCGGCAAGCUCCUCGACCUCGUCAUGCUCGACACGCGACAGUACGAUCGGUCCAUCACCGACCUGUACUGGAACACGCACUACAUCCACCAGAUCUCCAACGACGCGGGCCGGUCGAUGAUGGGCCCGCGACAGGAGAGCUGGUUCUACUCCUCGCUGAAGCAGUCGGCGGCGCGCGGGGCGGCCUGGCGCAUCAUCGGGUCGCAGACGGUGUUCAGCCGCAUCAACGAGUCCCUCGCGUACGGCAACGUCGACCCGCUCGACUACGACGCCUGGGACGGGUACCAGGCCAACCGCAACCGGACGUUCGCCACGCUGUACGGGCACAACAUCACCAACAACAUCAUGAUCUCGGGCGACUCGCACGCCAACUGGGUGUCGGACCUCGUGUGGCUCGACCGGCACCCCUACGACCCGGCGACGGGCGAGGGCGCCAUCGGCGUCGAGUUCGCCGGCGCCGCCGUGUCGUCGCCCUCGCCCGGCGGCCAGAACAUCAGCCUCGCCGCGAGCGUCGUGGCGAGCGAGUGGCUCGUCGCCGCCAACCGGGAGCUGCAGUGGAGCGAGCUCUACUACCGCGGCUACUACGAGCUGCACGUCACCCCGGCCAAGGUCGAGGCCAGGUACUUCGGCCUGCCGACCAUCGUGAACCGGAACCCCGGCGAGAUUUCGUUGGCCAACUUUACCGUCUUGAGCGGCGAGAACCGACUGCAUAGAUUCGUCAACGCCAGUGCUGCUGCUGCUGCUGCCCCCGUGGUGUCCGGCCCCGUCGAGAACGGUUAUGUCAAGUUUGGCACCGUCAAGCAGACCAACAUUACCAAUUCGACGGAUACGGGGUUAUACUAUAUUAGUCACGAUGAUGUGGAGGACAUUUAA